GAAAAUAAGAAAAGAAAAAAAAUGUAAGAUAAUGAUCAAAAUUUCUGGCGUAACCUCAUGUUACUUGAAACAUGAGGCGUUCAUUGUUCAUUCAUCGCAAAUGGAAAUUCAUCGGAAAUUUAUAAUUUCGAGUAUGGUUAAGGGAUGGAAGGACCAAGUGAAAUAAUAACGAUUUUCAUAGGACAGGCUGGCACGCAAAUAGCAAAUGCUUGUUGGGAAUUAUUUUGUCUGGAACAUGGUGUGUCUCCAAACGGUUCUCUUCAUCAGGGCUAUUAUCCAAUGGACCCUUCUAUGCAUGCUUUUUUUUCAGAGACACAAGCAAGAAAAUUGACGCCACGCACGUUAAUCAUCGAUUUAGAGCCUACCGUGAUCGACGAGAUUAGGACUGGCGUUUAUAAAGCUCUUUUCAAUCCCGAGUCAUUGAUCACUGGGAAAGAAGACGCGUCGAACAAUUUCGCGAGGGGGUAUUAUUCCAUCGGUAGUGAGGCGAUCGUCCUUGUGUUGGAUCGCGUUCGUAGAAUAUGGGAAACAUGCUCGAAGCCAGCUGGAUUUAUCGUAUUCAGGUCAAUCAGCGGUGGUACCGGAAGUGGUUUCGCCACGCUGUUGCUCGAACAUCUAUCACAGAAUUAUCCUAAGACGAUCACUCUAGACUUUGUUGUCUUUCCAUCACCUAACAUUGCCACCGUUAUCGUGGAACCCUAUAAUGCAGUCCUUACUACCCAUGGUGCAUUGGACCACGUGAAUUGUUGCUUCCUCGUUGACAACGAAGCUUUAUACAACAUUUGCGCCAGGAACUUGGAUGUUGAUUGUCCAACUUACACCAACUUAAAUCGCCUGAUGGCUCAAGUUGUUUCGAGCAUCACAGCAUCGAUGAGGUUCGAGGGUGCUAUAAAUCUUAGUCUCGAAGAACUGCAAACAAAUUUGGUGCCGUAUCAUAGAAUUCAUUUCACUUUGGCUACGUACGCUCCGCUGAUCUCUCCCAGAAAAGCCAUGCAUUCCGAAAUUACCACCCAGCAGAUCACCUACAGUUGCUUCGAACCUUCUAAUCAGAUGGUAUCAUGUGACCCACGCGUAGGAGCUUACACCAGUUGCUGUUUGCUGUAUCGUGGGGACGUGGCUCCAAAUGAUGUCAAUAGAACGAUCGGGUCGUUGAAGGGGGCGAAGUCGAUCCGUUUCGUCACUUGGAGUCCGACUGGGUUCAAGGUAGGAAUUAACUAUCAGCCAACUACAACAGUUCCCGGAGGUGACCUGGCGAAGUCGAGGAGGACGGUAGCGAUGGCCAGCAACAAUACCGCUAUCAGAUAUAGAUGGUCGAUGCUUGCUCGGAAAUUCGACUUGAUGUUCCAGAAAAGAGCUUUCGUUCACCAUUACGUAGGUGAAGGCAUGGAGGAAGAUUCCUUCGGCGAAGCUUGCGACAACGUCAUAACUCUGAUUGAUGAUUAUAAGGAGGUCGAGAAGUGAUCUUCAAGUUGGCAAGCUCUAUAGCUUGAAACUUCCUUUCUCCAACAAUCAUGAAGAAUUUAAGAUGAGAAAACUAUACGAAUAUACAGUGGCUUGCGAAAGUAUUUGAACUCUUGUUUUAUGAAUGCACUAUAUGUGUUAUAUCAAAUAUUUUAAAAUUUUAUUGGCUUUGUAAUGAUACACGACUGUCAUGAUUAUGUUGAUAAAGUUUGAAACAAGUCUGAAAAUACAUGUAAAAAUCACAAGAUAUUUAGCGUAACUACAAGUCUCGAUAUUUAAUUAAACGUUUAUAUAUCGUGAGCUCCAUAUACGCAUACUUACACGCAUUUUCCGGUUGUUUCGAAUAUAAUCACGAUGGUCGUGUCUCGUUGUAGUGCAAACUAAAUUUCCAAAUAUAUAUAACAAUUUUCUAUGGUAAGUGUUCGAGUAACUUCAUCAGCCGCUGUAUAUAGAUUAAAUUCUAUCUUUUUCCGAUUUCAAAGUGAAAAAUGAUUUAGAAACAAAGAAUUUCCAUAUUUGCUCUUGUCUCGAUGAAGCCGUCGUUUGUUUUCAUACGAGAGGAAAAGAACAAAUUGCGCGAUUACACGAGAUAAGGGAGAAUCGCACGAAGAUAAGCAGACGAACAGUGUAGACUCGCUGGCACCACUGGCACGAUACAAGCGAUCGUGCAAUAUGAGCCUUUUAUAAGCCGAACUAAUUAACUCCACUUUUUAUGAAUCUUUUAACUAAGGUACAAAGAUCCAGAGAACGCGGAUAAUACAGAAAAAUAUGUAAAGCAUCUGAAGUGAAACAAAUUACUAUGUAAAUUCUGUUCCCUUAGUUUUUUUCUUCGUAAGAAUAUGAAAUUGCCAAAGUGUACGAAACAUCAAAUUAUGAAAUAUUAAUCAUGGUAAAUUCUAAGAUAAAUUUCAUAUUGAUCACAACAUCUUAACUUUUCUACACUUUGCAAUUUGUGGAGUUAAUCGAUAUGGUUUCUGAACGGUUCAUAUUUGUUCCCACUGUUAUACUUGGCGCGAGCAUACGCCCACAAGGAGUCACGUUCCUGUCGAUUCUAACUCGUAGAAACAACCACGAGUUGCCAAACCAGUAUAAUAACAUUAGGUCUUGUUCGUGUAACAACGUGUUUCUGAUAAGCGGUAUCAAGCGAUUGGUAAUUCCUGUCGGUAUCAACAUCAUCUGCUUUGUUCUGGAUAUAAUUGGUCACCUAUCUUUUAUUACCGAGAAGUCAUCGAAAUAAAUUCUAGGAAGAUACAUCUGGAAUCGUCAAGUGUAUCCUGUAAUAAAUAAAAUAUAUUGCCCCGAAGCUUGACAAUAAAGUAAUUUUCCCAUCUUUCCUUAUCGCAGCAAUGUUCUUUUGUUCAAACAUAUCAAGCUCAAUAAAUGGCUCAUUUAUUUUUAAUCCGUCGAUUAAUCUAUUUUCAUAGGUUUUCCGCGAAUAUAUAGUCAUUUAUAGACUGUGGACAUAUAUGCACUUUCAUACUUUUAUAGAUACAUUCAAAGAAAGGGAACCUAAGCGGAUAUUUCACCUAGAAUUUAUAGAUUAUAAAUAGA